UCUCUCUCUCUCUCUCUCUGUGACAAAACAAAACAAAACCCGACUCCGGUUCGACUCCAGUCUGAGACGGCCUAAAACCUCCACGAUCAUGGCAAGAGCGACCCCAAGCUCUAGUUCUACAUGGGCUAAACCUCAAAUCCCACAUCAGUUUUCUUCGUCUUCUUCAUCACUUGUGGAUUUGGGCUUCUCCCUCAAGUCCAUCUCCUUCGCCAAGAAGCCCAUAAGCACCAGAAGAGCCAAUGUUCAGUGCGCUUUAAACUCUCCGUCCAUAUACCAUCAUCUCUCCAGUCAAACCUAUCCCCAACCACUCAUCCCCAACGGUAAUUCUCAUGCAGCUCCCACUUCUAAUCCCAAGACUCACCAAUCUCCUCGAUGGAAUCCCUUCCAGAAAGCUGCUUCAAUGGCUUUCGACUUGGUUGAGAGCGCGUUGGUCUCACGCGAGCUCCAGCACCCUCUUCCCAAAACCGCCGACCCUCGCGUCCAGAUAUCUGGCAACUUCGCUCCCGUCCCUGAACAACCCGUCCAACACUCCCUUCCCGUUGUCGGCUCCAUUCCUGAUUGCGUCAGUGGGGUCUAUCUCCGAAAUGGCGCCAAUCCGUUAUUUGAACCCGUAGCUGGUCAUCAUUUCUUCGACGGCGAUGGCAUGGUUCACGCCGUUACUAUCAAUGGUGGCGGAGCCAGUUACGCUUGCCGCUUCACUGAAACGGAGAGACUGGUUCAAGAACGAAAACUCGGCCGUCCGAUGUUCCCUAAAGCCAUUGGCGAGCUUCACGGGCACUCGGGUAUUGCUCGGCUUCUCCUCUUCUACGCCAGAGGACUCUUCGGCCUCGUCGACCACCAUCACGGCACCGGAGUUGCCAACGCUGGCUUAGUAUACUUCAAUGACCGCCUUCUUGCCAUGUCGGAAGACGACCUCCCUUACCAAGUGCGAAUAACUCCCUCCGGUGAUCUCCAGACAGUAGGCCGUUACAGUUUCGACGACCAGCUCAAAUCCAACAUGAUUGCCCACCCGAAGGUCGACCCAGAAUCCGGUGAGCUGUUUGCUCUCAGCUACGACGUUAUUUCCAAGCCAUAUCUCAAGUACUUCCGAUUCUCAGCAGACGGGAAGAAAUCACCCGAUGUCGAAAUCCCUUUACCGGCUCCGACAAUGAUGCACGACUUCGCAAUCACGAAGAAUUUCGUGGUCAUACCAGACCAGCAAGUAGUCUUCAAGCUCCAAGAGAUGGUCACCGGGGGCUCUCCUGUAAUCUACGACAAAAAGAAGAAAUCGCGUUUCGGAAUUCUCGCGAAGAAUGCCCAAAACGCCUCCGACAUCAUAUGGGUGGAAUCGCCCGAUACCUUCUGCUUCCAUCUAUGGAAUGCCUGGGAGGAACCCGAGACGAACGAGGUCGUUGUUAUCGGCUCGUGCAUGACACCGCCGGAUUCGAUUUUCAACGAAUGUGACCAGAAUUUGGAAAGCGUAUUGUCGGAAAUCAGAUUGAACUUGCGUACAGGUAAGUCCACGCGCCGCCCCAUAAUCUCGGAAUCGGUGAACUUGGAAGCGGGUAUGGUGAACCGGAACCGACUCGGGAGGAAAACCCGGUUCGCAUAUCUCGCCAUUGCGGAGCCGUGGCCGAAGGUGUCUGGUUUCGCGAAGGUAGACCUGUUAACAGGUGAGGUGAAGAAGUACUACUACGGCGAUAGAAGAUACGGCGGGGAGCCAUUCUUCUUGCCGAAAGGCAAAGACGGAGAAGAAGAUGAGGGGUACAUUAUGGCAUUCGUACACGACGAGAGGACAUGGAAGUCGGAGCUCCAGAUUGUGAACGCGAAGGAUUUGGGGGCGGAGGCGGAGGUGAAGCUGCCGUCACGGGUGCCGUAUGGUUUUCAUGGGACCUUUGUGGACGCGAAGGAUUUGGCCAAGCAGGCAUAGCUUCCGAUGGGGUCCAAGUACAAAUGUCAAAGGUUAGUGGACUGGUAAUUCCUGAUUUAUAUAUUUUUGUUUUUUAAGUUUGGGAACUGAGAUGGACAUGUGGGGUAAAAAGUAAAAAUAUAGAAAAGGGAGGAUUUUAUUUUCACCUGAGGGAUGGGUUGAGAGACAGGUCCCCGGAUUCUCCUGGAAUAGACGAUAGACCCCAGAAGUAAGAUUUUGUUUUUAUUCGGCUUUGGUCUUUUCUCUCUUGGGACAUAUGUUUUGGGAAUCAGUUUGUAGCUUUUCCUCCGUAGGUAAAUCUAGCUCAGCUGGUCCCUGCUUUCUUUUCUCUUGGCUAUCUGCUUGUAUCUACACUCUUUAAUGAAUCCAUAGUUUUUUUUUUUAGUCCUA